UGUAUGUCGGAAGUUGUGGUCGUCUUUUAAAGGCAAUAACCAGCUUCCUGAAACCUUCCUCAGCCCCACGCCCUGGGAACCCAAGUUUUGAGCCCGCUAGGAGAUGUGCUGAGUUCUUUUUAUUAAACCCUCGAGUUUUGGCUUCGGGGUUUGGGGCAAGCUCAACUCUCAUUCUCGAGGCAGUUUUCCUGGAUUUCUCGCGAGAUCCGCGCGCUGAAGCGAGAGCAGCUCGAGAAUCGGUUAUCUCCUAGGAGUUCGACGGGGCCCUCAGAACCUCCCGGCCGUGCGGCGAGCCUAACGCCUGCGGACCCCGCCUGGGAUCUUGGCAGCGAUGGAUGAGGACCUGGUGUUGGCGUUACGGCUUCACGAGGAGUGGAACUUGGAGGUCGCGGAGCACGGUCUGGUCCAGGAGCCUCUGUCCCUGGUGGACGCGUCCUGGGAGUUGGUGGACCCCACCCCGAAUUUACAGGCCCUGUUUAUGCAGUUCAACGACCAGUACUUCUGGGGUCAGCUGGAGGCCGUUGAAGUGAAGUGGAGCUUGCGCAUGACAAUGUGUGCUGGGGUGUGCAGCUAUGAAGGGAAGGGCGGCAUGUGUUCCAUCCGGCUCAGUGAACCCCUUUUAAAGUUGAGACCACGAAAGGAUCUGGUGGAGACCCUCUUGCAUGAAAUGAUACACGCCUACUUAUUUGUCACUAAUAACGACAGGGACUGGGAGGGGCACGGCCCCGAGUUCUGUAAGCACAUGCACCGCAUCAAUCAUCUGACGGGCGCCAACAUAACGGUGUACCACAAUUUCCACGACGAGGUAGAAGAAUACCGGCGACACUGGUGGCGCUGUGACGGGCCGUGUCAGUUCAAAAAGCCCUAUUACGGCUACGUCAAGCGCUCUACCAACAGGGCCCCCUCUGCUCACGACUACUGGUGGGCCACGCACCAGAAGACCUGCGGAGGUACUUACGUCAAAGUCAAGGAGCCAGAGAACUACUCAAAGAAAGGCAAAGAGAAGACAAAGCCAAGAAAGCAGCCGGCAGCAGCUGCAGCAGCCACAGCAGCCGCAGCAAAGAAGAAAGGUAAACCCAACAGAGGUGAGACACAGCUGUUAAUCCCUUUUAGUGGGAAAGGAUAUGUUCUAGGAGAAACAAACAAUUCAUCUGGGAACUUGGUCACUUCACACGCUGCUAAUAAAACUCAAGAUCUUUUAAGUCAAGACCAUUCAGCAAAUGCUGUAAGAACUAAUUCUAAAACUCAAGCGAAAUUUGAACAGAAUGGUUCAAGUAAAAAAACUUCUGUAGUCUCACCUGUUCUUAACACUGGUCACCAGAAUGUUUUAAGCAACUAUUUUCCUAGAGUAUCAGAUCUCAAUCAGAAAACUUCGAGAAGGGUGAAUGGAUCUCCAACAGAAAGCCUAACUGUGGGCGACAUCAGUAAAAAGCCCGUCUCGUCUAGCUCUCAAAGGGCUUCAUCUUCCAAGGUGUCGCUGAGAAAUUCUUUGAAAGCAGUGGGCUCCACCUCUGUGACUGCAUCCCAGGGUGCGAGUGGGCCCGAACGUGAAUCCCCAAGUAAACGACGCAAGCUAGAAGACAAGACUGUUUUUGAUGAUUUUUUAAUCAAGAAAGAGCAAGUACAGGUUGGUGGUGGUGAGCCACAGGGUAGUUCUCAUCCCGCAGCUGCAACUCAGAAUUCCAGCAGUUCGUCCCUUCAGAGCCAAACAGUCAGCUGUCCUGUCUGUCAGAACGACGUGGUGGAGUCUCAGAUUAACGAGCAUUUAGACUGGUGCCUUGAACGCGAUGGCGACAGUGUCCAAGUGGGAACAAAUCUUUGAAACAAACUGGGUCUCACAUGCCCCCCCCGUCUUACCUCAGUAGCAUUGCCUUAGUCACUCAGGAAGGUGUGGUUCAUACUCAGAUUUGUGGGUUAUAAUCUAGUUCCUGUAACCAAUACUGAAUUCUAAUUUAUAUACACAUCCAUAAGAUUGGAAUGGAAAGUACUGUCAGAGGUGCUAUGUUUACACGCACUCUCGCCUUGCGUAGACUAUAGCCCAGAGUUUGUUCUGCACGUUUACAUGUAUAAUUUUUAGACACUUUUGGUCUUUCUUGCUCUUAAAGGUAUUUAAAUCUGUUAAUCUUUUGUUUGUAUGCUUUCUUCAAGAUAUUUAGUAAGGAUUUAAAUAUUUGGUUAAAUUGAAUAUUUAUUAAUAUUAAAACUCAUUCCCAGUACUGUUAAUAUUCAUGGUGUGAGGCAUAGUAACCAAAAACACCAUCUAGAGUACAAAGUAUAUAGUUAUUUUAGGGUUCUCAGGUAUUUAAAAAAAUUUUUAAGUUCCCCAAAAUCUUAACAGGAAAUACAUUUUAUAUAUAUUUUAAAGAAUAUUCUGUUUCACUUUGGUGGCAGAUCUUAGGUUAAAGUAGAUAAAGAGUAGAGUAAAACAAAUUUAUUUUGUAAUAUUACUAGUAAUAAAUAGCCACUGUAAUCCUGUAGGCCAGGGUUUAGCUGUUUCCUUACAAUUUAGCAAAACGAGUGACUAAAGCGUGGUGCUAAGGGACCGAUAUGUGUGACAACACGGUCACCUCAUUCAUCUCACAGGAACGUUACCUGGGAUUACUACUGGGAGCCUAAGCCAAAGCUGAAACCGUUAUAAUAAAAGAAAUAACAUUCGUGCAUUUAAAAAUAUUUUUGAGAAAUUCUGUGUUACGGCAAAGGGCCCAUACUUGAUCCGUUUACUUUGUCCUGUGGCUGUGUCUCUAGCAUGUUGCCUUGUCCCAAGACCUUAGUUGAUUUUUUAACUUUGGUGCCACAUGACUUGUACGGAAGGUGCAGAGAUCGGAAGCGCGAGGUGUUGGCCUGUGCGACUGCUUCCCGGAUGAGGCAGAGCACGCGACGGUGACACAGGAGGCGCCCUCGGGGCUGCCCGCCUGGUCAGCACCCACCACCCCUAACACUGUUCAUCUGUCACCCCAGGUUAGCUUAGCUUGUUUUUGAACAUCAUAAAGUAGUAUCAAGUUUCUUGUUAGGAAAUUUGUUGAAGAAGUUUCUUCUUUUCAUUGUUCUGUAGUAUUUGUGAAUUUGCCAAAGUGUAUACAUCCGUUCUAAAAUUAAUAGACAUUUGAAUUAUUUCCAGUUGGGUCUGGCUAUUAAGGACAGUGCUGCUAACCCCUUCUUGUCCUUUCUCCUGGGCACAUACCCAGAUGGGGUCUCGGGGUCACAGGGUGUGUUUUUGGUUCGCUUAGGACGUGGGGCCAGUUUACGCUCCUACCAGCAACGGAGGCGAGUUUGAGUUGUUCAAUUGUCAGCACUGUCGUCAAUCCUUGUUGUUUUAGCCUGUCUGGUUGAAUGUUCACAAGUUUUAAUAUUUCUUAAGUAUAGUGUUUAAUAAAUAUAAAUGACUUGAAAUGUGUGUCUUAUAUUGAAUAUAUGCAGUUUCUCUAAUUCAUUUCAACAAACUGUGUAGUUGAACCUUUUUUGAGUCCAAACUGUACAAGGUUCUGGCGCUAUGAUUAAGACAGGCCGUGUCCCCAGGAGCUUACAGCCUGGGUGGGAGACAAAAGCAGAUGGAUUUCAGUACAGUAACCACUGUGAUGGGUUUCUGCUCAGUGGGAACAGUCAGCACAGCCCGAGGCUUCAGGGAUGUUUCUCGGAGGAGAUGACGUCUGAGGUGCUCUAGGGCGAGUCAAGUUAGCCUGGUGGAGAAGGAUGGAAAAGGCCUUGGAAGAGAAGGAACACAGAAAAGGCAUGGAAUAGACGGCCCCGUUCUCCUGGGAGAACUAAGCU